GGGACGCACCCGGGGGCCGCAGGGACGCUCGGAGCGGCAGCGGCGGGGAGCGCGGGGCUGCACCGCGGCGGGGAGGGAGGCGGGGCCGGACCGGGGAGGGGAGGGAAGGACCGGCAGCCCCGCGGCUGCGGAGAGGCGCGGACCAUGGAGAGCGGCGGGGCGCUGAACGGUUCCGCCGCCGCCUCUGGGCGCUUCGCAGCCGUCGGCACCGCGGCGCUGGGCGCGCUCAUGGCUUUGCUGAUCGCCGUCACCGUGGCCGGCAACGCGCUGGUGAUGCUGGCUUUCGUGGCGGACUCCAGCUUGCGCACCCAGAACAACUUCUUCCUCCUCAACCUGGCCAUCUCGGAUUUCCUAGUAGGUAAAGUGCCGCCCGUCGCGGAGCAACGCGCCCGAAACUUCGUGGCGAGGGCAGCCCAGCGCGGGGCCAUGCCGCUCUCCCGGCCGCAGCCCCGGGGUUCCGUCCCGCAAUGCGCCGCCUCUCCCCGACCCCACUGCCCCGCGCGCCCGGCGGAGCACAGCCCUGGGGAGCGCACGGGCGGCGGCGCUGCGGCAGGUCACGGCCCCGCGUGUCCGAACAAACGGAGCCCUCUGGUUGCAGGUGCCUUCUGCAUUCCUUUGUACGUGCCCUAUGUGCUGACAGGGAGAUGGAUCUUCGGGAGAAGCCUCUGCAAACUCUGGCUGGUAGUUGAUUACCUUCUCUGCACCUCUUCGGUCUUCAACAUCGUGCUGAUUAGCUAUGACAGAUUCCUCUCGGUGACAAGAGCGAUCUCCUACAGAGCCCAGCAAGGCAACACCAAGCGAGCAGUGCUGAAGAUGGUGAUGGUGUGGGUAUUAGCAUUCCUGCUUUAUGGACCUGCCAUUAUCAGCUGGGAGUACAUCUCGGGUGAGAGUAUCAUACCUACUGGGGAAUGCUAUGCUGAGUUUUUCUACAACUGGUACUUUCUCAUGACAGCCUCCACACUGGAGUUUUUCACCCCUUUUAUCAGCGUAAUGUUUUUUAACCUGAGCAUUUACCUGAACAUACAAAAGCGUACCAAAUUACGCCUGGAUGUUUUCCAUGAAGUGCACAACCAGCCCUUCACUGAAGAGAUGGAAAUGAGCCCAGAAACAAAGUUUGCUUCGAAAUGCUACAAGUGGGAGCAGAAGGAGCCAGCUGAAACCCUUGGCCUCUCUAAGAGUGAAGCACAAGCAGCAGGUUCCACCGGUGCAAAAGACCUACUGACAGCCAGCUCGGGGAGAUCCCAGUGCUGCAACAAAAAGGGAUGUAAGAAUUCAGCAUCCACACUGUCCUUAGAGAAAAGGAUGAAGAUAGUCUCCCAGGGCAUGACCCAACGCUUCAGGCUCUCCAGAGACAAGAAAGUAGCCAAAUCGCUGGCAAUCAUUGUGGGUAUUUUUGGCAUUUGCUGGGCGCCAUACACCCUCCUUAUGAUUAUCCGUGCUGGCUGCCACGGCCACUGCAUCUCUGACUACUGGUACGAGACUUCCUUUUGGCUGCUGUGGAUCAACUCAGCUGUCAACCCUGUCCUAUAUCCUCUCUGUCACUACAGCUUCAGAAGAGCUUUUAUGAAACUCCUCUGUCCAAAGAAGCUGAAGAUUCAGCCUCAUGAUCCCUUGCAGAACUGCUGGAAAUGAAGCUGUCCUCGGGCGUGGGAAAGCCUUUGUAUCACAGGUGUAGUAUUGCUUCUCCAGAAGCUGGGAUCACUGCUCUGCAGCACAUGAGGAAGGCAGCUGGGAGAUCACUGUUAACUUAUGCCAGUUCAUCACCAACAAAACCAAGCAGAACAGAGGAGGGAGGAGGUUGGGUUUUUUCCAUUUUAACAUUAUCCAUAGGCAGUGAUGUCUUCCACCUGCACAGCAGAGCUCUGCUGCCACCUAGUCAGCCUGAGCAGCACCAACAUUUUGUUGAAAUAAGAAACCCAGAAAAUAAAUACCUACUCCAAACCCACCGGACUAAACUCAUAUUUAAAUCAUUAAACUAAAGGUUACAUGAUUGCAAACCUGAUUUUUACUGAGAAUGGGUUUUGUUUUGUUCUCUUUACACUUAUUACAAGACAAUACAGCAAGAAUGAACCACAGAAAGAAAAAAUGCCUCACUUAUCAUUACUACUACAGCAGCCUCAGCCAUAACGUAGAUCCUCACUGCAUAUGGUGCAAGGUAUGUCCUUUCCACUCUCCAAGAAGGGGCACAUCUCUGCUGCAGGGAGUCUACAGCCAGACUGAGUUUACAGCCAGGCAGGAGACCUUGGUCAAGCUGAUCCAAGCAACACAAUUAUCACUUUUUAAUUUUCUUUUUUAAGCAAACAGCCAGUUUUUCCACAGACAGAUCAUCAGAUUCAAGAGACCAGGGCUCUAACCCAGCAUGAGAUAUUGGGCAUUUUAUUUCUGCUUCCCAUCUCAUUCUUCGUCAUACUUGCCCACGUAGACUCAAUGAGCUCUUUGGGAACAGGCAGUAUGACCACAAAACAAAAGACUAACUCCCAUCUCUGCUGGCACUGCUCACUGCUGUAGUAAUACAAAUACAUCAUCAGUUGCCAUGGCAAGCACUUGUGUUUAACAGUAUUGCAAAGGAAGCUUGAGAUCAUAAGUCUGAAAACUACAUUUAUAAAUGGAAACCCAAUCGCUGUGAAGUUGUACCCACAAGCUUAUGAUGCUGUGAUUGCCAAUUACACUUAGCUGUUGUAAACAGUUACUUGGCUGUUGCUAGGAAUAAACAAAAAUGCCAUCCUACUUUAUUCCAGUGAUGUUUGUUGAGUAGAUCAAUAUUGUCAUCUGAAGUCAGAUUUAAAUGAUGUCUUGUUCUGUGAAUAUGAUAUUGCAGUCUUGUGACAAGUUCCGUCAGGCCAUAAAAUAUGAACUCAAAUACAUGUUUUGAAGUGUACUGAAAAGUAUCAGUGUGCACUGCUGAGCCUGGUGUACUUUCCUGUGUCUACAAUCUUCUGAGAACGCCAGUAAAGUACUUUUAUACAAAUAUUUCAUGGUAAGCAGGACAUUGUUAGAAAUUAUGAAAUCCAACUGAAAGCAAAACAUGUAUGUAUUUGUCUGAAGAGACAAUUAAAGCCAAUAAAGAAAAGGCUCCUGAAACAGCUGCAUUUCUUUUACUGCUGAUUAAAUGGGGUCUGGACGUCACACAAAGUUGGUGGUGAGAGCGUGGCACUUAAUUCUUUCCGACUGUAGUUCUCUUCCAGAGCACGUUACAUGCAGCCUACUUCUGAAAAGCUUACUUUAAAUCCUUGUGACUCAUG